AUGGUUCGGAAACAGGAAGCUCAGACAGGUAUUAUUACGAUCACGGAAAUGCCCGCAUGGAAAAUUGAGUGGAUGCUUAGGAUCAUGUACGGGGAAGGACUAGGCAUUAACGAUACUAGGGUAAAUAGGUUUCCCGAGGAUCAACUCAUCGCUGUUUGUGAAGUCUUCGAGCUAGGCGACUUCUUCGACAUCCAAUGUCUGCGCGAGACGGCGGCCAAGUGGAUGGACAAUGAGCUUACCUGUCAUUAUCAGGCUUUCAAAUUGUCCUUACGUCAGUUUAGAGAUGGACCGAAUCCAGAGCUAUUUGAUGCUACCCGACAGAUCCACUGGACGGACCUGAUACCAGGGUUCCGUCGGGUUUAUGAACUUAGUGGCCCGCAAUCCAAAGUUCUCAGGCAAUGCUGCGUGUCUUACGUUCGAAGGCUCCAGUACAGAGUUCUUUACUACGAGGGAUUCUUUGACCAGCUGAAGGAGGAUCACGAAUUCAAGAGCGAAAUACUGUCUGCAAUGUUGAGGGAUCAUCGCAUCUAUUAUGAGCUGAAGAAUGCCGCCGGUAAACACAUCUAUACAACGCUGUGUAGCUGCCCGGAAGAGGGCUGGCAAUGGGUUGUAAGGUUGAUACCGGACGGAGAUGAAUACAAAUACUACCUUUGUGCGUCCGAGAAGUUGCUAGACUCGAAUAACCUGCGAACGGGUUUAGCAGGGGUUUUCGUAUAUCCUACUUGUAGAGAUGGAGGCGUACUCGAUGAAAGAAGCGGAGUCACCACCAGUCGUAGUGAGAGCCGUGGUAUUGCUUCUGCUGCUGCUGCGAAGAGAUCUUUCUAG